GUUUAUUUUGGGGACAUGAAGCAUCUUCAAAGACCUGCUGACCGAGCAGCUUGCCUGAGAGGAGCUGUUGUGGGUAUGAUAGGAAACUCCAGCGUUCUGGCUGCAGUCCUGACAGCUGCGUCGGUGUUGUCACUGAGUCUGAUGUCCGUCCUCUGCCUGAGAUGUAAAAAGAAAUCCAAGGUCAUACAUGAGGAGAACCAAAUAUACGACCCACAGACCUUCCAGCGUGGGGGAAGCAUGUUUGCUGUGACUCGUUCAAAAACAGUCACCAGAGCCAAUCAGAUCACCCCAACUACGGUUGAAUCUCGAGAGGAACCUGACAACUUUUCAACGGCUGCAGACGAUGACUAUCAGAAUAUCUCAGAAGCUCAAACAGGAAGUCCAGAACAUACAUAUGUAGAUCCACUCCCGCUCUCAGUGUAUGAAAAUGAAAAUGCACAGACUCAAAAAGGAGUAACAGAAGCUGAUCAGAAUCCAGGUGUCUAUGCAAAUAUCAUCCAAUCAUUGCUGUUAAAAGAUGAUGACGACGACUACGAGAACUCUGCCUUCCUGGACCAAGUUGUGCAGCAGCAAGAAGACAGUGAGCCAGAUUAUGUGAAUGAAAACGAAUGACUGCACCUGAAGUUGACGCCAUGGACAGCGCCACAAAUCAUCGGCCUGCACCCUGAACUUUCUGUUACGUUGUUGUUGCUUUUUUAAUUCCUGCUCUGUGUGAUGUGCUUCUGAUGUGGACGGCUGUGUGAAAAAAAGGAUCAUGGACCCUGAUUGUGUGUGAAAGAACUGACGCUGCCAUCUAGUGGUGAAAAAUCCACAUACAGUCAAUACAUAGAAGAGACACUUGUUUCUUCAUGGCAUUUUUGAAUAUUUGCUUUUGGGGUAAAAAUAAAUAAACUCUUAAGAACUUGUUAUGAA